AUGAUGAUGAAAAAAAAAAUUGAAGAAACGACUAAACAGGAUGAUAAUAAUAUGACAGAUAACAUUUUGUCUAAUGAACGAACCUUUUUAGCUUGGAUACGAACUGGUCUUGCUGUGUUUACACUCGGAAUUGCUAUUGCACGAUUUAGUGGUUCGAAUAGCUCAUCAAAUUUAAGGAGUAAAAAUGUUGAUAAGAAACCAAUUGUUGCUGGAUUUAUAUUAGUUGUGUGCGGAAUUUUUAUUUUGUUAUAUUCUCUUUGGCGAUUCUUUCGUACCUAUCAACAAAUGAAGACUAAAUCGACUCCAGAUUUAGUGGGACCAUCGAUUGCUUUAUUUUUGUUAUUGAUAGUAUUAGUUGUUGUUAUGAUUCUUCUGUUUUUUAUUUAAAAACUUUUCUUUAUAUAUAUGACUUUAUGUUUAUAUAAUCAGGUAUUAUUUUUUGAAGAGAUAUAAGUAAAUAAUGUUCAAGUUACAUGAACUAUGAAAAUGAAUAAAAAGAAAGAACAGUUUUUAAAAUAAUUAUAUUUGAAGAAUUUUCAGAUUUAUUCCAUAUGUAAAAUAAGAAAGAUUAUGAAAAAUUAGAAUCUUGAAUUUUGUGUUUAUAAUAUUUAUUUAAAAAAAAGGCAAUUUCUAGAACAAAUCGAACAUAAAAUAGCAAAAUACUAUGUUCUUGUAUGAUAAAUUUUUUUCGAUAAGAAGCCUCUUUCGUUCCACAAAAUGACAACUUAGAAGUAAGAACUCUUUUUCGAAGUAAUGAAAGCGCCUUUCAGCAGCAACAUUGCGUCAGUCUGUUGUUUCAAACGAAAACUAAAUCGUUAUAAAUGCAGUUAAAACUUAAUAAAUAAUUAACUUAUUCUUUUCGAGUAUCAUAUCUAAUAAUAAUUGGUCAGAAACAUGAUGAUGAAUAGAUGAACAGAAACAUUCCAUACAUCAAUAUCCUUUAAAAAACCUGAAAUUGACAUGCACAUGGACGCUCACGUCAAAAUUCACAUUUACGCAUAUAUAUGAUAUUAGUAUCGCUUGAGCUUGUUAAGUCUGAUCGAAAUCGUGAUAAAUGACAACACAGUUAUUACAAUCUGGGACAUCUAGUCACCUGGAGAAUCAAAAUAUACUUUUUCCUGCAUUUUGAUCACAACAUGUGUAGAUAUAUUAGUCUCAGUAUGCUAAUUAUAAAUAUGACAUUUAGAAUGUAUAGAAUUAUAUUCAUUGUGGAGUAGAGCGGGCUUGAUGUGCACACUCAUAAAAUUUGUCGGUUGUAUUUCUUUAGCUUUCAACGAAAAUCUUAAGUGAAGUGUGUUUAAAAAUAUUCUUUUUUUCAUUCAAAAUUAUGAGUUCUAUUCGAACACGAGCAAGAAAAGCUCAACUACAGCUAGAUGAAAUAACAAACUAGCGAUUUCAAGCCAAAAUGCUUACUUUAUGAUCUAUGUUUGAUUGUGACCAUCCUGAUUACUUGUUAAACCAAUGUUGCAUCAACGUGACAUUUUGAUCAAUUUCUGAAGAUUCUAUUUUUUUUUGAAAAUCUUUUCUUCUCAGUUAAUUUCAAUGUCUUCCUAAUAAAAACAUCGAAAAUAGUCUCUACGAACGCAUAUAACUAGAACUGAAAGUUAUAAAUACAACCAGCGAUAGUGCGAACAAAUGUAUAAUAUAUGGCGAAUAUUUGGUCUUGAACGCAUAUCGAUCGAUCAAUAUCAUGUAUUUUCAACCUAAGCAAUACAAACCAAAAUACGAACAAGAAUAUUUACUGAUGAAGUUUAUGUUAUUUAUUUAUUUACAGUUACAUCAGUGAUCAUCAAAGAUAAACUGAAACAAAUGUUAGAUCGCAUUUGUCUAUCGUGGUAUAGGUGUUCAUACACUUUAAUCUCUUCCAUCACAUUUCUUCAACUAGGAAAUGAAUUAAUCUUUUUUCUUUAUUAUUUUUAUUAUUCAAAGUUGAUCAAUAAAUAUUUUCCAACAAAAAAAUCAAUAAAGAGCAGUGAGUUCAAAAAAAAUUACUUCCGCAAGAAAAAAAAAUCGAUUUUAAUAGUGACCUCAAAAUUACACUAAUAAGUGCAAUGGAACAUCUUCGAGAUGCAGUCAUGCAAUAUCAGAAUGUACAGAGAUAAACGUUGUUAUAUUUAAUAGUAACACAAAAUAAAUAUUGGUAGAAAGAAUAGUGAUAGAAAUAUUAAAAAAAGGAAAGAGUUCGAUCGGUAUUUUUUUUUUGUAUUCAUAUAUUUUACAAAAGCAAAUAUUUUUACACUGAGCUACAUAAUCAUCUAAAGUAAGUUCUUUUAAUUAAUUCUAUUUAAAACUAAAUUCAAACUUUCUUCACAUCAUGUACAAUUUAUUACACGGCAAUAUAUAAAAUAAUACGUAAUAAAACAAGUAGCGCUCGUCCGAGGACUCGCUCAGCUCUUUCUCGUGGUAGAAAUUGUGUUUUUUGAACUAUCAACAAACUAUUUAUUUAUACAAUUUCAAAAAGAAAAAAAGUACACUCUUGCUGUGUCUUUCUGUUAAAUUCAUCUAAACGUUUCAGUUCAGUAUCUUGAGCAGGAGAAGGUCAAACUUGUAGAACCUUCAUGUCGAAAGGUCGAACAAUGGUCACAUCUUCCGCUCUCUCCACUCUAUUGAGUGGUAUAUAUAUUGAUGCUACUUGGAUUGUUCCAAGUAGAACUUGAAGAUCGACUACGAUUUUGUUCAUCGUGAGUCCUUGCGACUUAUAAGUAGUUAUUCUGAAGGCAGGCACGAUUGGCAAUUGAGUUCUUGUAACUUGAAUUGUUUCUGGGACUUUUUUCCCACCUUGCACACGUUCAAAUAGCCAAUCGAAGAGUUGCUUGAUGAGAACAGUAAACUGUUGUUUUAUCAGUGGAAUAGAGAUUAGUUUGGGAUGAAGACAAUCAAGACUUGUUUCUACUUGUGAUGUGUUGAUUUUCACAAGCGCGUAUAACGAUUUUCUUAUGUAGAUCGUAUUUGAGGAAAAUACGUCGCUCUUUCCUUCAAACUACCCGGGUCCUCCUGAUCAUCAUAUACGAGCUCUCGAAAAAUUCCUUGAGUGUCGUUCGAAAGUCCGAGUUCACAGACGAUAUUAUCAGUAAGAAGCACAGGCAUGUCUGGUACAAAAGGUAGGAGACCAGGAAGAAGCUCAGUCUUGUUGUCUGGUAAAUGAAGGAGACGUUGGUAUAUAUUGUCGUCGUCUGCGGGUUUUUGAUCGAAUUUUAUCAUGUGCUAGGACAAUAACUAACGGGAUACCUGCUUCGUUCGCUUUGUUGAUGGCGGCUCCAUUGUUUAUUUUUGUUCGUAGCUGGUUACGAAAAACUAGAAUAUGUGCAUCACACUAGGAUUUAUCUUUCUGUGAUUGAGAGGCUUAUCCAGAGCCAAUGAUCCGUGCACAGAGGUAGUCAAAAUCGGCGCGCGUCGUCUCUCCCAAGCGAAGAUGAUUGAGUAGAGUCAGUUAUUUUUGAUCUUCAGUUCUAAUUUUCCUUUGUCAGCUUCGUGACUGUAUUGGUUUGUAGCAUCAACGACCGUUUUACUCCAUACUGAACAUCAGCCUCAAUGGGCAAACGAGUACAGGGAUCACGCUCAAGAUUCGCAUAUAGUGGUUUGUCCAGAACUGGUAUAUUUUGUAUAUAACUGUCGAAUAGAAUUACAUUAACACCACCAAACGGUACUUCGGGUGGCGCCCACUUCCCAAGAGUGAGUAGUUUGUUUAAUCGAGCGAUUAAUCGAAGCCCGA